UUAAAUACAUAUGUAUGCAGUUAAUUGACUUCGAAUAAAGUUAGGAGGUUCGUUCUCGUGAUAAUAUUUGAUAACAACAAGAAGCAGUAUUUAAUGCGCUGCUCCAUAUAUGUUGAAUUAUUUAUUGAUAGUACGGUGACUACCGCUGAGUGCGUCUGACGAGAUACAUCUGCAGAAAUGAAUCGUAAAAUGCCGGAUAUUAAAUAUACUCAGUUAUUUAUAAAUAAUGAAUUUAUGGAUUCAGUGAGUCGUAAAAAGUUUCCUACUAUAAAUCCAGCUGACGGUACUGUUAUUGCAGAUAUCUCUGAAGGUGAUAAGGCAGAUGUAGAUAAGGCAGUUGCAGCUGCAAGUCAAGCAUUUAGUAGAGGAUCAGAUUGGCGAAAUAUGGAUCCAUCUGUUCGUGGAAAACUUAUGAACAAAUUUGCAGAUCUUAUUACAAGAGAUUUGGAAUAUAUUGCCACUCUUGAAGUCUUGGAUAAUGGAAAAACAUACUCAAAUGCAGUUUCCGAUAUAGAAGCCAGCAUAGAUACAAUUCGUUAUUACGCUGGAUGGUGUGAUAAGAUUUUUGGAGACACUAUUCCAGUAGAUGGAAAUUUUGUUUCACUUACACGCAAGGAACCGAUUGGUGUAGUAGGUCAAAUUAUCCCUUGGAAUUAUCCUUUUCUUAUGUUGGCGUGGAAAUGGGGUCCAGCAUUGGCUACUGGGUGUACUAUUGUUUUGAAGCCAGCUGAACAAACUUCUUUAAGUGCCCUUUAUGCCGCAGCACUUGCUAAAGAGGCUGGAUUUCCACCCGGUGUUAUAAACGUUAUUACCGGUUAUGGUCCAACAGCUGGUGCAGCUAUCGCCGAACAUCCAGGAAUUCAAAAAGUUGCAUUCACUGGGUCUACAGAGGUUGGUCAUCUGAUAAUGGCAGCUUCUGCUAAGAGUAAUCUUAAACGUGUUUCUCUUGAACUAGGUGGCAAAAGUCCAUUGGUUAUUUUUGAUGAUGUUGACAUCGAAAAAGCAGCUGAAAUUGCUUAUAAUGCGAUAUUUGCGAAUCAUGGACAAAACUGUUGUGCCGGUUCACGUACUUUCGUACAUACUAAAAUUUAUGAUCAAUUUGUUGCCUGCGCUAAACAAUUAGCGUUGAAAACAAAAGUCGGUGAUCCUUUUGAUGCUGAAACUCAACAGGGACCACAAGUUGAUCGAGAAAUGUUUGAUAAGGUUUUAGGUUUAAUUAAAUCAGGAAAGGAAGAAGGAGCUGUAUUAGAAGUUGGUGGAGAACGUCACGGCAAUGUUGGUUAUUUCAUUAAGCCUACCGUUUUUUCAAACGUGACUGACGAUAUGAGAAUUGCAAAAGAAGAAAUAUUUGGACCUGUUCAAUCUAUUUUAAAAUUUGAAACAAUGGAUGAAGUUAUCGAACGUGCAAACAAUACAAAUUAUGGCCUUGCAGCUGGUGUUCUUAGUAAAGAUAUUGAUAAAGCUUUGACGUUUGCACAAGCAGUACAAGCUGGAAGCGUUUGGGUAAAUUGUUACGAUGCUAUCACGCCUCAAACUCCCUUUGGAGGAUUCAAACAGUCGGGAAUAGGUCGUGAGCUUGGCGCAGAAGGGUUAAAAGAGUAUCUUGAGACUAAGACAAUAUCUAUUAAAGUGCCAACACAAAAAAUCUGUUUGACUAUCUAAUCAUCUGGUGGAAUUCCCAAUUCUUCGUCAGACCACUCUAUUGGACGUAUUUCAGGGAAGUGACCCUAAAUGUACAAGAAUAUAAAUCGAAUAUUUAACAUAAAGUACAAAAUAUGUGUGUGUGCAUUAUAUAGUAUAAAAUGCAAUAAAAUAUAUCAAAUACAGAAAA